AUGUGGAAGGAAGAUGUGCAACCCAAGGCUUACAAUUUAUCAGAAGAUCACAAUGAUGUCUCGAGUGAUGAGCAAGAUCAUCAAUCAAACACCUCGCCCAGUAGCUACUCUCAUUUCGCAACUUCCCGAGACAAUGCAUCCGCCGAACACGUUCUAUCUCCCCUUGCUCCGUCGCAGAAGCUCUGGGCCAAGCCAGGAAGUGAAUACUCCGAGCACAAGAUAUGGGAAGAACAGGAAUCCCCCUCGCAGAAUGGAGAAAAGGAGCAGGUCCGUGUGGUUUAUCAAGGACACACAGACCUCAAAAUGGAUACGAACAGUGGACUCGCCAUGGGCAAUGUUACCAGCACAACAGCGAAAGUUGUUGGGUAUAUCAAUUCCAAGGAACCCAAGUCUCGGCGUCAACAUUCUGAUCCCGAGCAAAUGUCAAGGACAAGUAGACUCGAGGAUACUCAGAGUGAGAUCACCUUGCAAGAGGAAGAGGUGCAGAUCGUUCCUGUGUUGAAAGUCGCGGACUUCGAGGACUCUAUUUCCGCGGAUGCCUCUGUCGAUAAGGUAGAAGUACAGGCACAAGCUCCCUUCACAUCUACAGUCGAGAACUUGGUGGAUAGGGGGGGGUUUCCCGGGUGGUUGAAUUAG